AACGGGGGAUUUGUUCCUUAGUUUUAUGAAGCUUUCUUGUACUUGUGCUUUCUUACUUUGCAAUUCUGCAACAGUGCUGCAACCGAUUUCCACCUUCGCUACACCUUCUCACUUCCACAUUGCGCCCCAACACGCCUCAACAUCCAUACCCCAGUGGGUGAUCGCAUUAUGGGGUUGCAGAAGCAGGACAUGCAUGGCUCAUACACUGAUCAAUGAUCGAUGUACUCUGUUCUGUCCAGAGGGAAGGAUCUUUAUCUGAAGUGGUGUCUAAGUCUCAUCAACACGUGUUCCAGACAAUGAAGACAGGGUCACAUGGAAGAGAGCGGGAAUAUGUCAAGGACAGUUUCUUGAGCCAGAAAGAGAUGCAAGGAAAUCUCAGCAGCACAUUCAUGACUCCAGAUUUUCGUGCAAAUCAAGAGAAGAAGAAUUGAUGAACUGUUUUAAACCCUCAGAAGUAAAAUGUGUGUUUUAACCUUUAAUUUCCUUCACAUCUUCCAUCACUUUUUCUUCCUAGUCUUGACCGUAAGUGGGAGCUUUCUGAGACAGGAACGAGACCUUGACCGCAGCCGCUUGUUACAUUUAGUUUCUCUUCUUAUCACAUUGCAUUCUUGGCUCUCUGGGACUUCGACUCCGCCUCUCUCUUGCCUUACUUUCAUCCGAGUAUGUCCUGAUAACGUCCAAGUGGUUUCCUCGAGCUUCCCCUUUCUAGCGAACACUCCACCAUGGCUGUCCACGUACCGGGUCUCAUCAUGAUGGUCAUCUUCUACUUGGCGGUAUUGGGGAUCGGCAUCUGGGCGUCUUUGAAGUCGAGGAGGAUGGAGAAGAGCUCGCUCGGGGGACAGAUAGAGGUGUCCUUUCUGGCGAACAGGAAAGUCAGCCUGGCCGUGGGAGUCUUCACGAUGACAGCCACAUGGGUUGGAGGCGCCUUCAUUAUUGGAGUUGCAGAGACGGUUUUUGACCCGACAAAGGGACUCUUAUGGGCUCUCAUUCCUCUGCAGAUGUCAGUGUCCUUUAUCAUCGGUGGACUGUUCUUUGCUAAGCCGAUGCGGGACAAGAACUACGUCACCAUGAUGGACCCGUUCCAGAGAAAGUACGGAAAAACACUGACCGCAUUUCUCGCCAUUAUUCCAUUCAUCAGUGAAAUGAUGUGGGUCCCUGUCACGCUCAUUUCUCUGGGGGUCACAGUCAGCGUCUUCUCCGACCUUCAUUUGAGUGUUUGUAUCUGGAUCUCGGCUGCAGUGGCGAUCAUUUAUACCGUUCUCGGAGGGCUCUAUUCAGUCGCUUUCACAGACGUCAUCCAGCUCUCUCUGGUGUUCUGCAGCUUGUGGCUGUGUGCUCCUUUUGUCCUGGCAAGCAACGUUUACACGGACAUCACUCAGACGGCCUUCAACCACACGAGCCGGGCACCGUGGCUGGGCAGGAUUGAGUUUCACGAUGUGUGGAGAUGGAUUGAUAAUUUCCUUGCGAUGAGUGUUGGAAAUUUGGCGUUCCAGGAUUUCCACCAAAGGACUCUCUCCUCCAGCUCCACCUCUACAGCCAGGAUGAUCUGUUUCGUAGCAGCAGGUGUCGUGCUCAUUCUGGGAAUUCCUCCUGUGCUGAUUGGUGCUGUCGCAGCCUCAACGGACUGGAACGCUACUUCAUAUGGGUCUCCAUCCCCGUACGAGCGAGGAGAGGCUGCCAUGGUUCUUCCAAUCAUCCUUCUUCAUCUGACCCCGACUCCUGUCUUUGUCGUUGGUAUGGGAGCCAUCGCGGGGGCUGCAAUGUCUUCUACAGACUCCUGUUUGUUGGCAGCAACCUCCAUCUUCACCACCAACAUCUACAAGGUUGUUAGACAUCAGGCGUCAGAUCAAGAGCUGCAGUGGGUGAUCCGCUCAUCCAUCGUGCUCGUUGGGAUCGUGGGAACUUCCUUCACCUACCUGGACACCAGCAUCCUGGCCUUCUGGAUCCUCAGCUCAGACUUGACUUACACCAUCAUGCUCCCCCAACUCAUUUGCAUCCUCUUCAUCAGAGUCUCCAACCCUUACGGAGCAAUUACCGGCUACAUCAUCGCUUUUGUCAUGAGAGUUUUGUGCGGCGAGCCCGUCUUAAAUCUCCCUGUUAUCCUACAUUUCCCAGGAUGCACUUUGGUGGACGGUGUUUACGUUCAGCGCUCACCUUUCAAGACCAUCUGCAUGCUGACCUCUCUGGUCUCCAUUGUGGGGUUUUCAUAUGUGGCUUCGAUCCUGUUUCAGAAGGAGAUCCUUCCUGAGAGGUGGGAUGUGUUCAAGGUGAAAUCACAGGGAGAACUCACACCGGCAGAGGGCGCCAGAGAGCGUGAGGGUGAGAAGGAUGAUGUUAAAAAUGAGGAUGAACCCAUGCUUGACACAGAGUGCUAAAUCAAUGUCUGCUAGCUGUGUUUUUCCUCUUCCUGUGCCAUGAUUUUUAUUAUUGACAAACUUUAGCCUUCAUGAUUCUGAUCAGAAAGUCAAAGAACAGAAGCUAAUGGAAAAAUUUGAUUCUUGUUACUUGAAACUCACACAUUUUUAAUCUCUUCAUCACUUCUGCUUCAUCAAAUGUGAAUAAAGCACGUGGUGUCGGCACAAGGUUUUGCUGA